UCUUAAAAAUAUACUAUAAACAUUCCCUAUUGUUCUUUUAUCCUUGGAGGGAAGGGUGCUUGGAGAUAAAUAGUUGCGGCCAGAAGUUAUUUAAAAAACGUAAGGAAAAAAUGGCAAAAAAAAGUCGAAAAUUAACAAAAAAAUAAGGGGUUCUUUAUUAACAUUCUUUAUUUAACAAUUUUUACUUUAAAAAUUUUUUUUAAUUUUUUCCAGCCUUGGCAAAGUUGAUUGGGUACCUCUUUUAACUAGACAUUUUGUUGAUGAUUUUGCUUCACAUUUACGUCUUUAUCGCAAAGCUAGUGAACGUUUACAGUUUUUAAAUGAAGAAUCUGUGAAGGAAAUAGCACCUUUAAGUGAUGAUUUGGAAUCUUUAUUUUUUGAUUUGGAAUUGGAAAUGGAACAAAGUUAUUGUAGAGAUUUAGUUUCGACUUCGCCAGCUUAUGAAAGUGCAUAUUUACACGAUAUUAGCGACAUUUUACUUUAUUUAUUAAUGCCUUCAGAAGAUUUUCGUUGUCGUCCUUUACGUUUUUUACUUCGAGAAAUUUUUGUAACAAAAAUAUUUAUUCCUUUAAUUGAUUGUUUGUCAGAACCUUUUUUUGUUAAUCGAAUGAUUGUUUGGUUAUUAAGUGAAUUACCUUUAAGUACUGAUGAUUUUGUUGGUUGUUUGGAAAGAUGUAAUUGUGUACAAGAAUUGGAAUCUAUUUUGGAAUCUGUACACGAAGAAAUUUGUACUUUAAAAUCUAAGGGAGCUGGAAGUGGGGAAAAUAAUGGAAACACAUUCUCAGAUCAACUAUCAAGCUUAGAGUUUACAGAAAAAUUAAUUCGUCGUCGAAUGAUAUUUUUGGUAAAUAGAACAGAAACAACGGAAGAUGAUGGAAAGACUCAACAUUUUAAACAAAUGGCUUCUUUAAAAAGAGAUUUUGCAAAUGGAAAUUUUGAAUUUGCAGAAGAAGCAAUUUCUUUAGCUAGCGAUAGUGAUGGAACAAUACAUUUACCUUUAGAUGUUGUUUUGGCCAAUCCAACUUGCCUUUCCCAUUUUAUUGAAUUUUUAAAUCAAGCUGGGGGACAGAAUCAUAUUGACUUUUAUUUGGCUAUUCAGGGAUUUAAAAGUUCAAUGGAACACCAACUUCGAAGCACCCAACAAUAUUAUUUGGAUUUAGACACAUUGGAAACUUUGAGAGAAGCUGCCUUGUUUAUGUAUCAUCAAUACCUCUCACAAGAAGCAAUAACUAGAGUGCCGUUAUCAGAUUCUAUAAUUAAUAAAUUUUUGGCACGUCUGCGGUCUAAUGAAGCCCAAUCCGACUUUUGGUUUGAACAGAUUGAAGAAAAGUUGAUUAACAUUUUACAAACAGAAACUCGUUUCUUUCCUUCAUUCAAAAAACAUUUAUUAUAUACAAAAAUGCUUGAAGAAAUGGGUAUUGGAAAUAAUAUACCUGAAGAAGAGGAGGAGGAAGAAAUUGUUGAUGAAGAAAUAAUUGAAGAAAAAUUAAAUUUAAAUAAAAAAUAUUUAUUAUUAAAUGAAGAGGGGGAGGGGGAUGUUGAUGUUGAAAAGGAGGAAAAAAUUAAAAAGAAAAAAUCUUUUAAUAAAAAAAUAUUGGCAGUUAAUAAAAAGAAAAAUUUUCCGUCUCCGAGCACUUCAGAAGAAAAAUCAGUUUUUAUUGAAAUGCUUGGUGUUGGACAUCAGGGACGUCAUUUAUUUGCUUUAUAUAAUGUACGCGUUAAUAAAGCAAAUGCUUCCUCUAAUGUAAUUCGACGUUAUUCUGAUUUCCAUAGCUUGCAUAAUAUUAUAGUGCAAAAGUUUCCAAAUUUAAAUGCUUUGAGCUUUCCGGGUAAAAAGACUUUUAACAAUUUGGACAGAGCAUUUUUGGAAAAGCGUUGUUAUGCUCUAAAUCAAUAUAUUAAUUAUAUUCUUCAACCAACCGUUUUAUCAGAAAAUCCGGGAUUGGAAAAAUUAAUUUUUGAGUUUUUGAGUCAAAAAACUUAUUCUGCAAAAGAAAGUUUUAUUAAUCCAAAAGCAAUGGGGAAAGCAAUGUUUAACCCAAUAUUUCGGGGUGUAAAAGCAUUUGGAAAUGCAGCUGCAGCUGUGCCUUCAGAUUUAAUUGAUGGUAUUGGAAAAAUGGGGUCUGAAUUGAAUAGAGCGGCAUUUCAAAUUCUUGGGGGAACUUCUGAUAGACAACGAGUUAUUAGAAAUCAACGGUUAUAUUCAGCAGACUCUACUGGCAGUCUUCCGGAAUCGAGUCGAGUAGCUGCCCAUUUAGAUGAGAAGGAUUCUGAUAACAUUCCACUUCGUGUUUUACUUUUAUUUGUUGAUGAAGUUUUUGGACUUCGAGCAAAAAAUCAGUGGUUUCGACGUCGUCUGGUUUCUUUACUUAGACAAUUUGUAAAUGCAACUAUGGGGAAUUCUAUUAAUAGACGAAUUGUUGAUGCAGUUAAUUGGUUAACUUCAGAAGAACAAGUAGCACAAUAUUUGGUUGCUAUGAGGGACUCAAUUUGGGGAAAUAAUAAUAAUAGCGAUUAUUUAAAUGGAGGGGGAGGAUUCUUUACUGAUAGACAAAGCCAAAAUUCAAAUAAUAAUCGACAAAAUAACAAUACAAACAACAACCCUCAAGAUGGCCGUCAACGAACCCGAUUUUUAGCCCGUUGUUUAAUGCUUUCAGCAAUUCCGGAUCAAUUACGUUUAUUUAUUGGUAAUACAACAAUUCAAUUAGGUAUAGAAAAUGUUUCUGAAGCUUUACAAAAUAAACAUUUAAAUAGAAGAUUUUGGUAUUUAAUUUUUGAAAGAUUAUUAACUACAAUAUUUCCAAAUAAUCGGUUUGAUAGAUUAUUGCCUCAAUUACAUUCUAAAAGCCCUAGAGCACAAAAUAGGGCUGCCAUGUAAAAAUUUUUUUAAUUUGGCCUUUUUAAAAUGUCCAAAAUUUCACAAAUCAAAUUUUUGGAAAUUUUUUUUGGCAGCCCUCCAAUCCCGAAAAGUAACUUCUAAAAAUUUUCCAUUCACUUUUCUUUUUUUUUGUUUGUAUGUAUUUUUUGGUGCUUUCUCUCUAGUCGGUGACCUCAAAAACUUUUUUUGACUUGUUUUAGCCAUAAUUUCUUUCCGGAAUUUU